AUGCCUACACAGGAUCCGAUUGCUCAUGAGAGGACAUCUUUGCUUCCUGGCGCUCAUAGUAUUGAUGGGGCAGAUGGGGCAAUGACCACUAGCUAUAUGAGCGUGCCGCCUGUCAAACCAUUAUCAUCUAGUCUGAAUAAAAAUGGAAAACGCUCAAAAGCUGCGAAACACAUAGGCACAACCACGACAGAGAAAAUCUUUCAGAAUGAUAAAAAGUUGGCAGAAAAAAUCCAAGAAGAAUCUCCAAAGUUGGAUACCUACUCGGGAGUGUUUUUGCCAACCGCACUCAAUGUGCUUUCGAUCUUGAUGUUUUUACGGUUUGGGUUUAUUGUUGGCCAAUUGGGGAUCAUCGGAUCACUUUUCACUUUGGGAUUAUGUUAUACAAUCAACCUCCUAACUACUCUUUCGGUUUCAGCUAUUGCAACUAAUGGUGUUGUCAGAACUGGGGGAGCUUACUAUAUGAUCUCUCGUUCUUUAGGCCCUGAAUUCGGUGGUGCAAUUGGUCUUAUUUUCUACUUUGGCCAAAUUUUGAAUGCUGCAUUGAAUGUUGUUGGUCUAAUUGAACCUUUAGUAAAUAAUUUCGGGGCAGCUAAUGGGUCAAUGUGGCCAGUGUUGCCAGAUGGUUAUACUUGGAAUAUUAUUUACUCAACUGUGAUUUUAUUUCUAUGUGUGGCUAUCAGUCUUGUUGGAUCAGAUAUGGUGUCUAGGGCGGCAUUAUUAUUAUUUAUUUUGUUGAUGACUUCCAUCUUGUCGGUGCCAAUUUCUGCCAUCUUCAUGCCAUCCUUUAAUGUACCUGGCUUCGAUGAUGUUUGGUACUCAGGAAUCAGCUGGCAUACAUUCACAGAAAACUUGUUGCCACAUUUCACCUCCCAUGCCGCUGGCUCUCAACUAGACACUAAAGAAACUUUUGCUGAUUUGUUUGGAAUUUUCUUCUCGGCCACUGCGGGGAUCUUGGCAGGUGCCAGCAUGUCAGGAUCUUUAAAGAAUCCAUCUAGAAGCAUCCCAAAGGGCACUUUAUGGGGGCUAUUGUUAACUUUUUUCUGCUACGCAUUAAUAAUCAUAUCUUUAGGAGUUUCUGUGCCCCGGAAAUUAUUGUACAGUGAUGUGCAAGUGAUUCAAACCGUUAACUUAUCACAAGUCAUUAUUGUGGUUGGUGAAGUUUCCACCUCUUUAUUUUCGGUAAUAAUGGGGGUGGUAGGUGCCGCCGAAAUUUUAGCUGCCAUUUCUAAAGAUUCUAUAAUCCCUGGACUAUCCAUUUUUGCCGCCAAAAAUUCUAAUCCAAUUAAUGCAAUCAUUGUCUCUUGGCUUUUGAUUCAAGCGUUUUUAUUCGCUAACAUUAAUCAAAUUGCAACCUUAAUCACUAUGGCAUUCCUCAUGACAUUCAUUGUUAUCCAUAUUGCCUGUUUCUUACUUGAGGUAUCCGCAGCUCCAAACUUUCGUCCGUCAUUCGAUUAUUUUAAUCGUACUACUGCGGCGUCAGGGGUCAUUUCAUGUUUUAUUGCCAUGUUUAUUGUAGAUGGUAUAUCUGCUAGUAUGAUCAUCAUGUGUUUGUUAUUUCUUAUCAUUCUCAUUCAUUAUGUCUGUCCACCAAAAUCAUGGGGUGAUGUUUCUCAAACUUUGAUUUAUCAUCAAGUCAGAAAGUAUUUAUUGAAGCUUCGUCAAGAUAAUGUUAAAUACUGGCGUCCUCAGAUAUUGUUAUUGGUGGACAACCCGCGUACCUGUUGGAACUUGAUGCACUUUUGUAACAAUUUGAAGAAAGGGGGUCUUUAUAUUUUGGGACAUGUGAUUGUUAGUAGUAAUAAUUUUGAGGAAAAUUACGACAAUUAUGUUAGUGAAAAGAAUGCCUGGGUUAAGUUGAGGGAUAGCUUACAAUUGAAGGCUUUCGUUCAGUUUUCUUAUGCCGCAUCGCUUCCAUGGGGAAUCAGAAAUGUGUUUCUAGGAUCGGGUUUGGGAAGUAUGAAACCAAAUAUUAUUGUGAUUGGUUUUGUUGAUUUGAGCAAUAGAAAAGUCAUUAAUACAAACCUUCAGCCGGAUCCAAUCAAAGCGGAGCCAACCCUUGUGCCUCGUAAUAUUGAGAAACUCAAUGCAGCUUAUACCAACCAAGGAAAUGUUUCGGCAUUCAAAUUGCCCACCGACGCUGUGAAAAGGGAUGAAAAGCGAAUCAAAAUUACCGAAUGGGUCCAGUGUAUUGAGGAAUUAUUAUUGAUGAAGGCAAAUGUUGCCGUCGCGAAAGGGUUUCCUAGAUUAGAAAUUCCAGAUAAAAAAGCACCAGAACUUGAUCAUGAUGAGAAACAAAUUAUUGAUUUGUAUCCGAUCCAAAUGUCCGCAGAAAUUGCAGAAAAGUCCGGAAAAACAAUUUUGAGUACUAAUUUUGACACUUACACUUUGAUUUUACAAUUGGGUGCAAUUUUGAUCACCGUUCCCCAAUGGGAAAGAACUCAUAGAUUGAGAAUUGUGGUGUUUGUUGAAAACCUUGAAGAUGUGGAUGAUGAAAGAUCGCGCGUUACUCAACUUUUAGGGGUGCUACGGAUUAAUGCUGAAGUCUUGGUUCUAUGUUUCAAUUCCCUGAGCUAUUCGUUCUACGACUACAUCAUGAAAAAUAAAUAUACCGACAAAAGAGUAGUUAAGAAGGUGAAUAAGGUAUUACAAAGCAAUGAAUGGUGGAAAGCAAUUACAGAAUUGCGAAUUGAACAACAACAACAACAACAACAACAACAACAAAAGACCACACACUUCCAAGAUAUAUUAUUUUCGCCAUCUUUUGGUAACCCACAAACUUUGGAGCAUAAUCUUGCGAUCAACAAAAAUAAUAAUAUACCAUUAUCUAAGUUGCAACGUCUUGGGGUGAACUUUAGAAUGAGAACCAAUAAAUUGCUAAGUGCGCACGUUGGUGAAGGAAAUCCUGUAUUCAGAGAUGAAGAUUCCAGCUCGGAUCUGGAUGAUGGAUAUUCUGAUACUGAAAGCGCCAUUGGCUAUGACAGUGAUCCUGAACCAUCUAUUCGUCGAUCGAGCUUAAAAUAUUCGCAAGAUCAUGUUCCAACAUUAGCAUCAGAAAGAAGAAAGAGAAGAAAGACGUUUUCUUCCUUGAUAAUAGUGCCUCCAAAGACGAGAUUGCGUGAUUCUCAAGCCGUACCAAAAACACCGAAAUCUCCAUUCUUGGAAUCCACCGGUCCGUCAAUUUCGGUUCCUGCAAUUAGUUUAGAAGACUCUACCGAGUUGGAAGGUGAACCAAUGAAAAGACCAGUAUUGUCCCGUCAAAGCAGUAGACAUUCAUACACCAGUCUCAGAAGUCAAGCUAGACCUAAUUUCACGUCCCAGACUCUUCCGAAAUCCAAAGUAAAUGAAGAUGCCGAUGGUAAUGAACCAUCUAUCAUUUUCACCAAUGAUGGGGAUGAUGCUUCUUUGAAAAGUAAGAGUUCUGGCAUGAGGUUAGCGAGUGCUCAAAAAAGAGUUCCUUCUAAGGUUUUCGAUAAAGAAAGGCUUACGAAGAAAGAAAAUGAUACUGUUAAUUAUGCAGGGGUUUCUGAUCACGAAUCUACGUUUAGUUGUCCAUCUGAUGCAGAAGAGGUGUAUGAUGAUACUCGCCAGAACAAACUGGUUUUGGAACGGAUUUCCUCAUAUCCUCUGGAAUCUAGCGAAGACUCAGGUGAGGAGAGCGAUGAUCAUGACAUAAUUUCUUCUGAUUCCACAAGCAACUUGGAGGAGUUUGAUAUCAAUAAUUUGACCUUCAAUGAUGUUCCGGCAAGAGCCCAACAUUUGAUUUUGAAUCAAUUGAUGAUGAAGUGCUCUAAAAACUCUUCCAUUAUUUUCACUACUUUACCGACCCCUCCGGCUGGCUGUCAUAAGAACAAAAAGGACGCUGUUGAAUAUGUUGAGACUUUGGACUUGUGGUGCAGUGGACUACCACCGAUAUUUUUGAUUAACUCAAGAACCAUGACUGUCACUACUGCGUUGUGA